GGCCGCCGCGGCGCCCCCCGCCCUCGAGCCGCCGAGCCGGAGCCGGAGCCGCGCGCCGAGCGGGCGGAGGAGCCGUAGGGCCCCGCCGAGGCGGCAAGAUGGCGGACUUCCUGCCGUCGCGGUCCGUGCUGUCCGUGUUUCCGGGCUGCGUGCUGACGAGCGGCGAGGCCGAGCAGCAGCGCAAGUCCAAGGAGAUCGACAAGUGCCUGUCGCGGGAGAAGACCUACGUGAAGCGCCUGGUGAAGAUCCUGCUGCUGGGCGCGGGCGAGAGCGGCAAGUCCACCUUCCUCAAGCAGAUGCGCAUCAUCCACGGGCAGGACUUCGACCAGCGCGCGCGCGAGGAGUUCCGCCCCACCAUCUACAGCAACGUGAUCAAAGGUAUGAGGGUGCUGGUAGAUGCCCGAGAGAAACUCCACAUUCCUUGGGGGGAUAAUUCAAACCAGCUCAAUGGAGACAAGCUGAUGGCAUUCGAUACCCGGACGCCCCUGACCGCCCAGGGAAUCGUGGAAACGCAAGUUUUCUUACAGUACCUUCCUGCCAUAAGAGCAUUAUGGGCAGACAGUGGCAUACAGAAUGCCUACGACCGGCGUCGAGAGUUUCAGCUGGGUGAAUCUGUAAAAUAUUUCCUGGAUAACUUGGAUAAACUCGGAGAACCAGAGUACAUUCCGUCCCAGCAAGACAUCCUGCUCGCCAGAAGGCCCACCAAAGGCAUCCACGAGUAUGACUUUGAAAUCAAGAACGUGCCUUUCAAGAUGGUCGACGUGGGCGGCCAGCGGUCGGAGCGGAAGCGCUGGUUCGAGUGCUUCGACAGCGUGACGUCCAUACUGUUCCUCGUCUCCUCCAGUGAGUUUGACCAGGUGCUCAUGGAGGACCGCCUGACCAACCGCCUGACCGAGUCACUGAACAUUUUUGAAACCAUCGUCAAUAACCGGGUUUUCAGCAACGUCUCCAUAAUUCUGUUCUUGAACAAGACAGAUUUGCUUGAGGAGAAAGUGCAAAUUGUGAGCAUCAAAGACUAUUUCUUAGAGUUUGAAGGGGACCCCCACUGCUUAAGAGACGUCCAGAAAUUCCUGGUGGAGUGCUUCCGCAGCAAGCGCCGGGACCAGCAGCAGAAGCCCCUAUACCACCACUUCACCACCGCCAUCAACACGGAGAACAUCCGCCUGGUGUUCCGCGACGUCAAGGACACCAUCCUGCACGACAACCUCAAGCAGCUGAUGCUCCAGUGACGCCCACAGGGCCCGCCUCCUCUCGCCUUCCUGUGUUCUGUUUGUUUUAUUUUUAAAAUAGAAGUUUACAGCAGGAAUUAGAACAGUCUUGAUUCUGGGUUUAACUCCUUGGAAAUCUCAGUCCUCCUCCUGCGACUCCGGCCCCUGGCGGAGGGCCGCCCAUGACCGCCGCCUGCGGGCACAGCUCCGGCCUCCCUGGACAGGCCCUCCCCCCCCAGGCCUCAGACGCGCUGUCCUUCCAGCUCUGACCCUUCCACUUCUCAAACAGUGCCCCUGUGGCGCCAAGCGUGGCAGGCGCCCUGGGCGCCGCAGGGCGGGGCCGAGCGGGGCCCUCGCUUGCCGCACGCGGCAGCCGCGCCUGUGGCCAGCCUCGGUGGGCUGUUGGGGAAGGAGGGCCGUCGGGGAAGUUUGCUCUGAGGGGUGGCCAUCCGUAGACUUCCCCGGCUUUGGCCUUCAUGUUCUUCUGAUUGCUCGUGUCCCCAGCAGCUGUUCUGAGUUUCUGUGGCUCCUGAAGGCAGUGCUCGGCAUGUGUCUUAGUUCACGUAUGGUGUCUCAUCUGGCGCUGGUGGAAGCUCCCUUGUGGUUCCGUGUGCACAGGCGCGUGCCGUUCCCAGGGUUUUGAUUAGAAACCAGAAGAGUGGAGUGCAGGCUGCCUUUCCCAUACUUAGAUAUGUCAUCCAGGUGCCAUGCAGGAAACCUUGGCCAUAGCAGCAGCUAGAAAGUGCAACCUGGUAACAGAACUUUCUCAAUAAACAUAGCCCUUCCCAAGGAUGUUUUGUUUUCCUCUCAGACUUUGAGACCCCGUCUCAGACGCGGUAGGGCCCACAGUGGGAAUCCCUGUUGCACCAUCAUGGACGUGGUUCUUUCACGCUCCUGCCUGUUCCCGUCAGCUCCAGAUGGCAGCAUGUAUGGGGGUUUUUGGGUUUUUUGGAGCUUGCCAAGGGCAAUGUUUUCCUGUCGGCCUAUCCAGAAAGCCAUGGUUGGAGGCCCUCACUCCUUCUCAGUGUGUCUCUAAGAGGCUGUCGGCCUAUCCAGAAAGCCAUGGUUGGAGGCCCUCACUCCUUCUCAGUGUGUCUCUAAGAGGCUGUCGGCCUAUCCAGAAAGCCAUGGUUGGAGGUCCUCACUCCUUCUCAGUGUGUCUCCAAGAGGCUGUGCGUGUUGGCAGCACUGUUGUUCGUGGAAUUCCAGCUCCUGAGGUGCAUUUGGAAGGUUCAAGGAUUCUCCCAAGAAUGAGGAGUCGUGUUCCAGUUCCUGCUGAAAGAUGGUUACAUGUGACCUCCCCCACCAUGCCCCAAAUUAAGACGCUCCCUCCAAGGAGCUUUGCCAUUAACAGACGCAUCCUCCGUGAGCGCCUCAGAAUGGCUGGUUUUCGGCAUUGAGAGGCCCGCCCUGUAGGUUACGUGUGGUGGUGCAGUCGGGUAAAGGAACAGGUGUACAAGGUGACAGUUUGGAGAGUCUGAUGGUUUUUCUCCCCUUCCUGAAAAUUGUGAUUGACUGUGAUACCUGCCCCUUCAUUAGCUGACUGUUUUCAGGUAUUUUACAGGCGAGCAGUCCUUGAACAACUGGUUGGAAUUCUGGAUCCCCCAGCCCGCCCCGGUCGGGCUCUGGGUCUGUGUCGCAGUCAGCUUAGGAUAGGACUCUGCUGGGACCUGACCAGGGGUUGUCGGGCGCCUGACUUUGCUCGCACUUGAAGCUCCUCCAUCGUUCCGCCCACAGCUGCCCGUGUGUCCGUGUCCUGGUGAUCCUGUGCUGCUGACGUGAGCCCCGCCCUGCGACACAGGCGUCCGUGGAGCAGGGCUCGCGCGUGUCUGAGAGUUCUGUGUCCAGUGCUUCUCACCAAACACAAGUGUGUUGUUUAACCCGCAGCGUGAACCAUUUCAGGGCACAGCGCAUGCACGCUACAGAGACGGUGGUGGAGGUCUGUGUGUUGGUUUAGCAGGUGGUGGUGUUUCAUGCACUCCAGUGAGGGCUGAAGCCAGUUUCCAGUGUGCGCAGUGAGAAGGGAUGGUCUCAAUCAGGUCCUCGUUCACAUCUCUGAUAUGAGCCACACACACUGCCCGUCAAAGCAGAAGUCCCCAUUUUGACCACCACAGUCAAAUGUUAAAGCACCAAAGAGAUGGGAUACUGUUCUGAGCAUUUGAGAUUCCUUUCCUGAUGUGUGUGAAGUCUCAGAGUCAACUUCUUUUUAAAGUAAAACCUCGAGUAUAUUUUGAGGUAGUAAAUUACUCAUACAGGCUUGCCGGUUCAAUCUGAAGGCUUUAGUUCACGUUUUAUAUACUGUAUAUUUAAACCAUGUGAGAGAGUCCUAUACCUAUAUCAUGAAAACCAGAUCCUUUUAAAAUACCACUAUGUGAAGGGGAGGUGGAAAUUAGGGACAGAACUGCAAGGGUGCUCGUAGUUUUCCCCAUGCCUGUUCCCCUACCCCAGUCUCUCAAAAUGUAAUUUGAAUUUAAAAUUCUUCACUGUAUUUAAUUUUCUAAGUCUUAAUGGUUACAAUUUGGAGUAAAAUGUGCCUAAUUCUCCAUUACAUUCUGUUCUUAGGUCUGAAUGUCCUCUUGUUUAAUUCUUAAGAAAUGUCACACAAGUGUCUUCAUUGACCUUGAAGAACCUUACAGUAUACAGAGUUGCCUUAUAAAGCAAAGAACACCUCAGAUUUUUGCUUUUUUUUUUCUUAAAUAGAGAAGCGUUUUUGUCAGAUAUUUUUCUGAAGAUCCAAAUAGUUUAAAGGCAUGCCUCUACCACUUAAAUAUUAUUUCUAACAACCCACAUCAUUGCUUGCUGCCAAGUGCUGUAUUAAACUGGAAUCUUGAGUUGUGUUGUCUGGAAUGGGCAUUUGAUAGCUGGGGCAUAAGAGCAACUGAAGAAGGCGUCAUGGAAGGCGCACCGCGUGUCCGUCACACGGCGAAGGUCCUGGUUAGGCUCUGGUGAGGUUGCCGAGGGGAGUCCUUGUUCAGUGGUUGGUAUAAAGCAGGAAGAAGUCGGAUUCCCCCAACCCCAGGAGUGAUUAGAAGUGUUGACUUAUAUGUACAGAAAUCAUGGGCUCCAUAAUUGUUUGUAAGCAGAAAUGAGUACAUCUUAACUUCCGGCAUCUGCCCAAAUACUUGUAUCUAUGCUUUUGGUAGGAUGUUAUUUUCAGCAUUAGUACACACAUCCGGUUAUGCCUUAUUUAUAUGAAGAAUAAAAUUACCAAGUCAUGUUCUGCAAUGUUCUGAAAUUCAAAUCACUGUGUGAGAAACCCUCAAAUUGGUGCUUUCAUUAUAUAAUGAGACAUUGCGGCAAAGCCCCAAACCAAACCGUCUGAAACAAGAUUCUCUCCAUUGCAGUCUGUAGAAGUGUUACUUCUACGUGUAUUGAGAAGGCUGCGUAUCAGUGUUAACUCUCCAUUUCCUGUUUGAACCCGUGAAAUCACGCCUGUAAAUCUCAGUCACACAUUUGUAAUAAUCUCCCUAAUAAAUCUAGAGAAAGCCACUCUGUUACCUUUUCAUUUCUUUUAAUGAAAGAAAGUUUUAAUUGAGGGAUCAAGAGCACAGAUUCUGCAUGUGUCUUUUUUUUUUUUUUUUUUUUUUCAGUUGAAAAUCUGACUUUGUCUUUCACAUCAUUUCAACAUGCAAAGUUACAUUACUCACAGGUGAUCUAUCCAUAGGUCUGUGAUGCUGGACUAAAAGUGCUGCUUUUUUCCUUCCUUCGUUCUCGUGAUAGGAUCCAGAUUGGCUUUUCAGUGUAGUAAACACGAGGAAGGGAGGGAGUGUGUGAGUAUGUCUCCACGUUCCAGAUAAACAGUAAACAUUCCCAUUAUUUUAUGGUACGAGGUUAGGGCUUCAUAAAUUUAUAGAGAGUAAAAAGUGAAGUGAAGUCGCUCAGUCGUGUCCGACUUUUUGCGACCGCAUGGACUGUAGCCCACCAGGUUCCUCAGUCCAUGGGAUUUUCCAGGCAAGAGGACUGGAGUGGGGUGCCAUUUCCUUCUCCAGGGGAUCUUCCCGGGCCUCCCCACAUUGUAGGCAGACACUUUACUGUCUGAGCUACCAGGGAAGCCCAAUAGAGAGUAAAGUCAAGUCUAAACCUGGAUACUUGUAAACAAGUUGAACUUCGUGGAUUUUUCAGAUGCCAUCAACUUGCUACUAGCCUUAGCAGAUAGUGAUUGUUAACAUGGCUUGCAGUACACCACUGGCAUUCUUACGUCUGUACUUGAAUGUAUAGUUAGCAUAUAAAGAACUCAUCCUCGCAGCGUCUAGGUCUAAGCGUCUGGUUUCCAAUGGCAGGGCUUACAUGCAACAAAAAAUGGUGGUGGUAGGGCAGUGAUUUCUGGGUUGGUCAGAGAUUUUGCGACCUUUCCAAAAUGGCAUCACCUUUGAUAGUGAUGAGCAUCUCCAGAUGGACGGAAGCAGGGCCCCAGGACGCAGUGCACUGUCAGGCCACGAACCUCCUGAUGGAAGGAUGCGCCUUGCUCAGCCUCUGGUCUGGGCUUGUCUCUGGAAAUCCUGUUUGUAGUGCUUCUUGCCACAGUUAAGUGGUGUGUUCAUCCUCAGUCAUGCCUGUUUAGGGGUUGAUUCCUGGAAAGGACCUGUAACGAUGCAGUGGACUAUACCGUUUACCCUUUCUUUACCUCUUACUUGAAAGUAGAAUUGCAAAAUGUUGAAAUGGCUUUCCCUGCUACUCCAGCGUGGUAGAGCUCAUUUACCACAGAAGCCUUAUCAAAAAGUCUUAUUUUGUAACAACCUGGUAGAUAUUGUACCUAACAACAUGAUUUCUAUUAGCUCUGUAUCAAAGUAUUUGCAGCUUCAGAUUUUUUAACAUCUAUCUUUUUAUAACUGAGAACUGAGCACAUUAUCUGGUAGUUGUACAUUUUUUUUUUUCUGUCAGUGCUUUAGGAUUGGCAAUAAAUUAUUUCUACAGGAGGUCUGAAAGUGGAAAGAAUGAUUUGAUAAAAUGAAUUCCUGGUCAUCAAGGCUUUUUACUUUUGUACAUAUUUUGCAAAAUUUUUUGCCUCUUGCUAUUAAUAUUUGCUUUGUAAAAAUUACUGACGUUUAAUAAACAUUUAUAAACUGUC